GUCGCUGUUCUCCUCCCGCCCCGCUGCGCAAUCGACGCACAGACCGGAAGUGCGCGGCCGCGCCCUCAGUUCCGCUCCGCUUCCGGUUCGGAGCGUCCCGGUUCGGCCCGGUCCGGCCCGGCCAUGAAGUUCCUCUAUAAGGAGGAGCAUCCGUUCGAGAAACGGCGCUGCGAGGGGGAGAAGAUCCGCAAGAAAUACCCGGAUCGAGUCCCGGUGAUAGUGGAGAAGGCCCCCAAGGCUCGUAUUGGAGACCUGGACAAGAAGAAAUACCUGGUUCCCUCCGACCUGACCGUGGGUCAGUUCUAUUUCCUGAUCCGGAAGCGGAUCCAUCUGAGGGCUGAGGACGCGCUUUUCUUCUUCGUCAACAACGUCAUCCCCCCGACCAGCGCCACCAUGGGGCAGCUCUACCAGGAGCACCACGAGGAGGAUUUCUUCCUGUACAUCGCAUACAGCGACGAGAGCGUCUAUGGGGCCAAUGGGGCCAACGGGCUCAAUGGGGCCUAUGGGGUCAAUGGGCUCAAUGGGGCCUGAGCUCCCCCCCCCGCCCCGCUGUGACCCCCAUUAACCCCCAUAAAUGGACCCCGACCCCCCCCUCCCCCAUUCAAUAAAGGACCCCACGUGGGAACUACAAUUCC